AUGGCGGCCUCCAAUUCAUCUCUCCUCCUUCCUCUGCUUUUUCUGCUCUCAGCCGCAUUGUACUUUCCGGCGGCGUCCGGCCGCGGCUUCUGCAUCAACUACGGCCGCAUCGCCGACAACCUCCCCCCGCCGGAGCAGGUCGCCGGCCUCGUCAAGUCCAUCCACGCCGCCCGCAUCCGCCUCUACGACGCCGACCCCCGCGUCCUCCGCGCCUUCGCCGGCACCGGCGUCGAGAUCACCGUCGGCCUCGGCAACGAGCACCUCGCCUCCAUGCGGGAUCCCUCCGCCGCCCUUGCCUGGGUCCGAUCAAACGUCUCCUGCUACCUCCCCGCCACCAAAAUCACCUCCAUCAACGUCGGCAACGAGGUCCUCACCGCCAACGGGACCUCCGCCCCCGCCGCCUCCCCCGACGACCUCCUCGCCGCCGUGGAGAACGUCCACGCCGCACUCGUUACCCUCGGCCUCGACCGGCGCGUGUCCGUCACGACCGCGCACAAUUUGGGGAUCCUCGACGCCUCCUACCCGCCGUCGGCCGGGGUAUUCCGAGCCGAUCUGGAGCCUGUCCUCCGCCGCCUCCUCGACUUCCACUGCACCUCCGGCUCGCCGUUCAUGAUCAACGCGUACCCGUACUUCGCGUACAGGGACAACCCGGGACACGUGUCCCUGAAGUUCGCGCUCUUCGAAGGGGACGGCAUCGUGGACACCAAAACGGGCCUGAAAUACGAAAACAUGUUCGAGGCCCAAAUCGACGCGGCCCACGCCGCGAUGGAGAAGCUAGGGUACAGGAACGUCUGCCUCCAGGUGUCGGAGACGGGCUGGCCGUCCAGGGGCGACGGCGGCGAGGCGGGAGCGACGCCGGAGAACGCGAGGGCGUACAAUAAAAACCUGCUCCGGCGGAUUAAUCAGAAUGGGGGAACGCCGAUGAGGCCGGAUAUGGAUCUGAAUGUUUAUUUCUUCGCGCUGUUCAACGAGAAUCAGAAGCCCGGGCCCGCGUCGGAGCAGAAUUUCGGGCUGUUCAACCCGGAUAUGACGCCGGUGUACGAUCUAGGGUUCAAUUCGAAGGGAUCCGGCGGGAAGACGCCGUCUGGGUCGCCGGUGGUCGUAAUGUCUCCCCCGGACGGCGGUUACAUGGUCGACGGCGCGGAGGGACAUAGACUCACUAGAGAAGGUGCGUUGUUGUCCGCUUCGUGUUUGGUGGUUUCGACAAUUUUAUUGCGCUACAAUUCCGGUUUCUUUUGA